AUGUCUAGAGGUCGCGACGGAUCCUCAUCAUUGAAUGGCGGAGAAGAGGGUGGUCUCCCCGUCUUCCCUCGAAAGAACAUCUUUGGCGACACCUUGCGUCCCGCACCCGUCGGCGAUGGCCCGACGACUGGGUUCUUCCGCAACAACUUCUGCGACGCCAGUCCUCACGACCCUGGCUCGCACACCGUUGCGGCUGUCGUGACGCCGACGUUCCUCGAUUUCAGCAGGAGUCGCGGUAACGACUUGUGGCCGCUCUUCCCUCGCCUGCGCCAAUCCGCCCCCUCGUCCGUCUCGACGUCCCAAUCAACCACUUCCCCUCCCUGCGUCUGGUGCCUCUGCGCCUCUCGCUGGUACGAAGCUCUCAAAGCGGCUGCCUCUCAUCCGCUCGGCGAGCAGAUCGUACCGCGCGUCGUGCUCGAGGCGACGCAUGAAAGGGCACCGCUUGAUGGCGGGUUCUCGAAGGAGGAGUUGGAGAGGUUUGCGGUUGGAGGAGAUGGUACGGGCGGAGCUGGAGGGAGUGGAAGUGGGCCUGCCGGUGUCACUGGCUGGGAGAUCGCUGGAGGCGCAACGGGCGAGAAGAUUGGGAGGUGA